AAGUAGCCGGCUGGCUCUAUCAUUCCUCCGCACACAGGACCGACUUCAGGGAAAAGCGAGGCUGAAGUUGAGCUUUGCGUCCGGCGACGUCCCCGGAAUAGCGACGUGACACGGAGCGGCGAGAGCGGAGGUUCUACCGCCGUCGGGCUCAAAGUGGUGGGCAGCGCUCCGGAGGAUCUGGCUAGCAUCAGGAAGCGGUUCUCUGCGUCGUCCUCGGAGCUCGGCCACCCGCUAGCGAUCAGCGCGGCGCUGGAGGACCGAGGCAGCGAGCUUCAAACACGACCGCACUGAGAUCAGAUCCUCCAGCAGAGCGACACACGACGCAGCUUGAUCCAAGAUGGCGGACCGCUUCGACUGCGCCCACUGCAAGGAGUCCCUGUACGGCCGCAAGUACAUCCAGUCGGAGGAGCGGCCUCACUGCAUCCCCUGCUACGACAGCCUCUUCUCCAACACCUGCGACGAGUGCAAGGAGCUCAUCGCCCACGACGCCCGGGAGCUGUUCUACGAGGACCGCCACUACCACGAGCACUGCUUCCGCUGCUUCCGCUGCGAGCGCUCUCUGGCCGACGAGCCCUUCACCAGCCAGGAGGAGGCGCUGCUCUGCAACGACUGCUACUGCAGCGAGUUCUCCUCCAAAUGCGUGGCCUGCGACCAGACUGUGAUGCCCGGAAGCAGGAAGCUGGAGUACGGCGGCUCCACCUGGCACGAGAGCUGCUUCACCUGCAGCAGCUGUGAGCAGCCAAUCGGCUCCAAGUCCUUCAUCCCCGACAAGGACGAGCACUACUGCGUGCCCUGCUACGAGGACAAGUUCGCCCCGCGCUGCACCCGCUGUAAAAAGACCCUGGCCAAGGGGGGCGUGACGUACCGGGACGAGCCCUGGCACAAGGAGUGCUUCGUGUGCACCAGCUGCCAGAGCCAGCUGGCGGGACAGCACUUCACCUCCCGGGACGACGUCCCCUACUGCCUCAAGUGCUUCAGCAGCCUCUACUCCAAGAAGUGUGAGGCCUGCUCCAAGCCCAUCACAGGCUUCGGCGGGGGGAAGUACGUGUCGUUCGAGGAGCGGCAGUGGCACCAGAGCUGCUUCACCUGCACCGCCUGCUCCGUCACCCUGGUGGGGGCCGGCUUCUUCCCCGACGGGGACCGCAUCCUCUGCCGCGAGUGCAACAGCAGCCUAUAAUAUCUCUCACCCGCUCUCUCUCUCUCCCUCACCCGCUCUCACCCGCUCUCUCUUUCUCUCUCUCUCUCUCUCUCUCUCUCUCUCUCUCUCUCUCUCUCUCUCUCUCUCUCCCCCCCCCCACCCCUGCCAGGUACCCCAGUAAUCCCCAAAAAUCACAGGGAUUACGAAACGCAAACACACGCACAUACACACACGCACACACCCACACACACACGCGCGCAAAAAAAGCACACACACACCUUAUACACACACGUUUUAUCCUUCAAGUCCUCUUCUUGCCAAAUAACUAUUCCUUGAUGAAAUCAUUCAAGGAGCGCUUUAUUUUUUAAACUAAUGUCACAUUGUUGUAACAUACGUGACAUAUUACAUACAUGACAUAAAUGUAACAUAUAUUACCCUUCUGCUUUUGAAGAUCCCCAUCCUGAGAAUCAACUAUGCACCCCCCACCCCCCCAACACUUUAAGAGUAUAGAGAGUGAAUGUCCUGAUCCCGUGUGUUGGUGAUGCUGAGUGAACUACUGGCCGUUCUAACUGCCGCUUCAACGCUUAUUGAAGCUUUUUUUUAUUUCAGUUAACGUUUAAUGUUUAUUGUCAUGUGUCCUCUAUCUUCAUCCAUCUAUGACCCUUAGAGAGCCCUAGUACACAGUGAUCCACUGCUCUAGAUCCACUGAGUGAUCAACUCCUCCAGAUCCACCCAGUAAUCCACUCCUCCAGAUCCACUGAGGGAUCCACUCCUCCAGAUCCACUGAGGGGUCCACUGAGUGAUCCACUACUAUAGAUCCACUCAGUGAUCCACUCCUCCAGAUCCACUGAGGGAUCCACUCCUCCAGAUCCACUGAGGGAUCCACUGAGUGAUCCACUACGUGAUCCACUACUAUAGAUCCACUCAGUGAUCCACUCCUCCAGAUCCACUGAGGGAUCCACUCCUCCAGAUCCACUGAGUGAUCCACUACUAUAGAUCCACUCAGUGAUCCACUACCCCUGAUCCACUAGUCCUGUUGGAGCGGGAGAUAGACCCAACACCCUCACCCCUAGCCCGGCCCAAACGUGACCACUGCCUGUGUCCGACUGCAGGGCCCCGCCCCCCAGGGCCCCUGGCCCCGCCCCCAGGGGGUCCUGCCUCCCACCACUGGGGGACACUGGUUCUAUUCCUCACUGUGGCUCAGAGCCUCUCAGAUAGCUGCAGGAUGGCCCAUAAGGCUGGAUGUGUUUCUUUUUUAAAAGCUUUUUUACAGACUGCAUAAUGCAUAAUAACCUGUGUAUGAUGAUGUGUUGAUGGCUUUCUUUGUAAGUUGGACGGUUAUAUGUGGGAAAAAAAUGAAUACUUAAGAAAUCCUUUUUUUGCUUUAUUUGAUCUUUGAUGCCUGAGAGUCAGAGUGGAUGUUGGGCGAUUCACCUCGUUCAUUUGUGAAGUCCUCAAAUAAAUGAAUGCGUACACAACC